CGCGCAGCCGGGUGGUAGCGGCGGGGCCGGAAGGGGCGCGGCGGCGGGCGCCAUGGCGGCGGCGGGCCCUUUCGCGCUGGUGACCAGCUGCGCCGCCGGCUUCGCGGCCGAGGAGCUCGUCAAACGUAUCACAGGAAAAGAUGACCUUACUGUGGGUGCAACCACAAGUGGAAGAGUGAAUUUUUACCCCUGGACAAUAGAUAAUAAAUAUUAUUCUGCAGAUAUUCACCUCUGUGUGGUACCAAACACAUUUCUUGUUACUGGAGAUAUUGCCGAAUCAGUGCAAGCAUUUGUUGUGUACUUCGACAGCACAAUAAAAUCUGGACUCGAUAGUGUCUCUGAAUGGCUUCCCCUGACAGAAGAGUGGUUACCAGAAGUCAUGAUCCUGGUUUGUAACAGAGUAUCUGAAAAUGGUGUUAACAGACAGAAAGCUCAAGAAUGGUGCAUCAAGCAUGGCUUUGAACUGGUAGAACUUAGCCCUGAGGAACUGCCUGAUGAAGAUGAUGAUUUUCCAGAGUCCACCGGAGUGAAACGAAUUGUACAAGCUUUGAAUGCCAACGUGUGGUCCAACGUGGUCAUGAAGAGCGACAGGAGCCAGGGCUUUGGUCUUCUCAGUACCUUAGCAGGUGCCAACUGUAGCAUUGAGGCAGAGGAGAACCAAGAUACAGAACCCAGUCCAUCGUCAGCAGACAGAGAGGAAUCCCACUCAGACAACAGAGAAGAUGCAGUUGGCACAAACAGCCCACGGGCUGACAGCACUGUAGAUCCUAUGUUAGAUACGGACAUUCAGGAGUUAGCCAGCCUAACCACGAGAGAGGGUGACCUGGAGAACUUUGAAAGGCUCUUUUCAAAGCUGAAAGAAAUGAAAGAUAAAGCUGCAACCUUGCCUCAUGAACAGAGAAAACUACACGCGGAAAAGGUGGCCAAGGCGUUCUGGAUGGCAAUUGGGGGAGACAGAGAUGAAAUCGAAGGUCUCUCCUCGGAUGAAGAGAAUUAAGUUCUUCCGUAGCUGUAAGCGACAGAAAAAAUCCUAAAAGAGUGAUCUGUGUUCAUUGUGCAAAGCCCCAUUUAGCUUUAGUUGCUUCCUUUGGUUAAAGGAUUCUCCGUACUGUUGCAGUAAGUAACACAUUCCGCAGCACCUCAUUAUUAGAGUGGGUUUGCCUGACUCUUCAUGUAUUCUCUCUCGGAGAAUUUUGGAAGGCGAUGCAUGCAGUUAGAGGAAAUAAUCAUUAGUUUACAUUUUUCAAAUUAACAUUUUUACUGUUUCCUCUUUUGAGUUUAAAUAAACAAAUUUACUCCCAGUUCUCUUUCUA